GUGUCUAAAGGCGUACCUACAGAAACACGCUAUUAUCUACGAUUCAUUGUCGCAAACCCUGGGACUCUCAAUGAGCACCCAUUGUCUCAUCCACGCUUGCUACAAUGGCACCGGCGUCCAUCUUGAUAACACUUACACCGUUACUAGGUAAUGAACAGAACUCUGCCCCUCAAACAAAAUCUCAGAUAGCCCCAGGUUUAGUGCCGAUCACACACACAGAGCACUUUGGCAAAAUGGCUGUCUAAAAUUCUCAACGUCGUUUUUGGUGCCAAGUCCUUAGCGCUAGACAGUAGACACAUACAUUAUUUCAAGAUUUCGGCAGCCAUGAUAUGAGUACGAAGGGAUGCAAUGGCGACCAUGACUAAGGAAAAGGUUACAUUGACCCCCUACGCGUCACCAUCGUCCACUCCAAGACUGCCGGCGGUCAACUCCCGACUCAUCCGUAGACAGGGAAUUCUAGCCCAGCUGUGCACCCGAUGUGGAGGGUACAGUGGCUCUGACAACGAGUACUGUAUGAAAUGUCGGAGCAGUCAGUGGAAGACCAACCCACUUAUGCGAAAUUAUGACGAUGUCUACAAAGUGUACGCAGAGGAGCAACGAGAGAAGACGAAGAAUAUUCAGGUACUGCGUCAACCCGAAGGGUGGCUGGAAAUCAAUAGACAGAGGACGAAAGAGGAGAGAAAGGAGAAGAAGAAGAGGUACCAGGAGCGACUCAGCAUCCAACAUACAGGUAUAUACUGUGUUGAGUGCCGGCGUUCGGAGAAACAGACCAAUGGAAACCUCUGUCUAAUAUGUGACGCUAAGAGACGACGGCGUGAACUGGAUAAGCGUGAAAAGACAGAUAAGGUGUUCCUGUUCGACGAUAUGACCCCUAGAAGGAAGAAGAAACGCCAGAUCGAUGCCUUAGAGAUCGUCCCUGAAAACACUGUAGCAACUGCAGAGCCAGUGAAAGAGAAGAAGACGGAAGCAGAAGAACCUCUCGCGAGCUAGACAGACAACGCUUACAAUAUAAUGAAGGAACUGUAAUGACAAACACCAGAACGUCGGAAUCAUUUUCCAACUUUGUGAUAAACGUCAUUGGUUCGGUGGUACUCAUUGAUGUAUUCAAAUUUUUCAGACUCUUCAUAUUGUUUACGUUUUCUUUGUCUGUCUACUUCACAUCAUUAUUAAAAUUAAAUCAUCUACUUUUACAAAGAAGUUCAAAAUAAUGACAUAACAUUGCCUGUCUAUAUUAUAUAAAGUUCCGUCAAUAUUUAUAUAGUGUAGAAAAUGCUAUCUUGGACUACACAGAGGUGGCAAGUUUACAAGGAAAGUUCAUUUUGAUAAACAGUGUUUCGUGAAUAAUCAUCAAGCAGUUGAUAUGGCCGUUCUGUUUAUUUUAUUUCUUGGAAUUCAAUAUGAAUUAAGUGCUUAAGACCAUUUCCGUUGAAGGGAAAUAUUUGUUCGGAUGUAUCGACAAACGCGGAAACAUGAAACGUUGGUGGUGAAUGGGUUGUGUCCCUGACCCUGUCAGUGAUAUCGUCAUCUUUCUUGCUUUAUUUGUAAUCAAAUGUUUAAUGUGAUCCUGUCAAGACUGAUUUCCACUUUCUUAUAUGGUGGUUAUUAAUUCAAAUCCAACAUAGAUACAACAUGACAUCAGUGUGCGGUAUCACUAGUCUGGUCAUUCAUAAUUUUGCCUGAAUAAAGAAAAGAAGCUUUUAAAUAUGUGAAGAGAUAUCUCGUUAACCUAACGAGACUCCCGAGAGUUGGAAUAACUGUGAUAGGCAAUGCUGAUAAACUGUGAUAUCAAUAUGUGUAUUCAUAAGUAUAAAUAAAUUUGCUCAUAACUC